ACCUACAUAGCAUAGAAGACGGAAGCACUGAACUUUAUCAGUUUGCUGACGACUUUCUCAUUUUGUCUUUCAAACCCAAACUUGCGGAUGCAAUUAUAAACCUGCAACAAAAAAUACUCACCUUUGUAGAUCUUUGUAAAGACAUCAACCUUUCCUGCAACCCAGCUAAAACCAGAAUUAUGUACCUAUGUCAGGGCAGCAGAAAUAAAAUUGACAUCUUUCUCCACAGCAGAAGAAUUGAGCAAGUGACAUCUUUUAAAUUUUUGGGGAGACAUAUAAGCGCAUCUCUGGCGGUCAGCGAACAUUACAACGAGGUGAUCAAAAGGUCACACAGAAAUUCCAAUCUUUUCAAGUGUCUGACCUCCAUUAAGGCAGGUCUGCAUCCCCAAGUAAGUCUAAACUACUACAAAUCCCUGGUUAGAAGCAAAAUUGAGUAUUGCCGGUCCUCUACGGCACACUGCUCAGCCACAGUCAACAACAAAAUACGUACUUUCCAAAACAGUUUCCUUAGGAGGUGCUUAGGGGCAACUCCUGCCACACCGAUUCCACUUUUGUAUGCCAUUGCAAAUGAGCUUCCACCGGCUGAUAGAGCAAAAUGGCUCACUGCAAAAGAACUGAUCAACACCUUCAAGAUUGAUGAAGACUUUAGGAUUUCUCUAGACAGAUACCCUAAUGUCAAAUCCAGUUAUGGCUAUAUUUUUAGGGAGUUCAAACAUAUUUUUGACAGACUUGAGGUGAUUGAUGCCCCUAUUUUUUCUCCCAACCUCACAAUAGUGACCAAAUCCUUUAAUGAAAAAAAACAGAAUAUUGCACCUGAGCAGGCGCAAGCGAUAUAUUCUCAACUUCUUCAAGAGUAUGAACAAAGCAACUUUAAAAUAUUUUAUACGGAUGCCUCCGUGGGUGCAAACUCAACUGGGUGCGGUAUAUAUAAUCACACGACAAAGAGUGAGCAUGGAUUUAGGCUCCCUUUUAAAUCAUCCUCGAGUUUUGGUGAGUUAAAUGCAAUUAAAAAAGCCUUAGAACUAGCUGCCCAAGGGCAGUACAGCAAAAUAGCUAUUUUCACGGACAGUUUAACGGCGUGCCAACUGCUUCUGAAGGUCAGAACUGAUAAUUACUGUGUUUUAGAAAUCCACAAACUCAUACAACAAGGGGACUUUAAUAGAGUGACAAUUAUUUGGACACCCAGCCAUAAAGGGAUUUUAGGCAAUGAAAAGGCGGACCGUAUUGCAAAAGACGCUAUAAUCAGCGAACAUACCCUAGAUGUUAAACUGUCGGUGGCUGAAGCCCUAAAUACUAUCAAAAACCAAAUUAGAGAAGGUUGGCUUGAGGGCUUUAAAGCCUUUUCGAUGGAAAAACCUAAUCUUUUUUCCAAAGUGUUUACAUGUAGGAAAAGGAGAACCUGGUUUUAUAAGUGCCCACUUGCGCCUAAAACAAUAAAAACCCUUAACAGAAUUCUCUCAGGUUUCACUUAUGAUACUGCUUACCUAUAUAAAAUUAAAGCCAUCGCUUACAACACAUGCAGAUGUGGUGAAAUCGACAGCUACAUUCAUCAGACUUUUCACUGUCGGCUGUUAAAUGAUACCAGAGUAAAUUUCGAAAUUUUUCAAAACAACACAGAUUUUCACGAUUUGUUCCGAGACAUGAAUUUUUGCAAAAUUACUCAACUAGCAGAUUUUCUACAAAAAGUCGAAGCAAAAUUUUAAAAUCAUAUUAUCUCUUAUACGGUUUAUGUGUGGC